AUGUUGGGAACUAUAUGUGGAUAUACUGUGGUGGUUCAGCUGUUUCUCCUUCGUGCAAAGUCGCGUGAAGCAAGGGCUCAAGCCCAAUUGGCUGAAUUGGCCUUCAUACGUUCUCGUCUAGCUGCUGCUGAUGCAAUGGCAACAGCCAGAGUUCGUAAUCAUGAUCAUCUUAGACGUGUACUUGAUGAUCAAGAACGAAAGUUGACGAUGAUAUUGGAGGAAGAGGAGAAGCGAAAAGAGGUGACUCGAAAGCGACGUCGUGACCGAACCCUUAAUAGGCUUCCUGUGAUUGCAGUUAUCGGCUAUACAAACGCUGGCAAAACUAGUCUGAUCCGAACAUUGACGGGAAGCUCCAAAAUGAUCGCCUCUCCACAGGUUUUUGCCACACUUGACGUGACCCACCAUGCAGCUCGUCUCCCCACUGGGCUUGAAAACAACGAUUCCAAUCUUUCUGCAGUGGGGGGCUCCUGGUCUCCGGAUGCUCAUGUUGGAUACCAUCGAAGGAUUGGCCGAAGUUUGCCGCCUACAUUGUUGCAUGACUCUGGUGUUAAAACACGACGUCUCAGUGACAGGAUGGACACUGGAAGUAGCCACACGCCAUUUCUUAUACGAGUUGGAAACAAAUGUGGCCUUGGAAUUCAUGAACAUUCUUCAUUGCAUCUGGAUGAGAGAGUCUCUUGUAUUAGUAAUCCAGGCGUUGGAGAGUUAUGCAGUGUCAUGGAAUCUUGCCUUAUUACCGGUUUCGGUUGGUCAAAACGCAAGUUUCGCAUGCCCCAAGGAAAUGACGCCCUUAGGUGGCUCUACACAAAUGCUAUGGUUGUACGAGAAGGCUGUGCGGAUGAUCCAGAAAAGCUUGUCUGUGAAGUACUUUUCAACGAGGCAAUAUAG